GAAACAAGAGCGAAUAGAAGAAAAUUCAGAGAGUCAUUGUAGUUAGUAGUUUUUAACUUGUUUAAACUAAAGUAAGAAGCUGUAUUACAUGAAAUUUAAAGUUCAAGCAAUAAGUUUGUAUGUUUUGGUUAAGCAUUUUUUCAACGUGUUUCACUGGCUGAACAUGUAAACAUUAAGAAUAACUUAAUGUCAGUAUGUGGGAAGAGCAAUUUGAUGUUUUCCAUGAGAAAAGUAUAGAUGACUUUGGUGAUUCUACCUGUAAAAAAACAAUCUAUGAAAUGACAAAACUUAACCAGUCUAUUGAACUUUUUAAAACUGUUACGUGUGAUAAAGUUUCAAGUAGUUUGCAUCAACAAGGAGCUUCAGACAAUUAUACCAGUGCCUUUAAAGAUCAGAGCACUUAUAACCGAGAACCUUUAAUUUCGUGCAGAUCUCAAACUUUACCAGUUGUUGAUAUGGAUGAGUCAGCUGUGUUUUCAACAAAUGAUGUUAGCAAUGCAAUUUUGCCUUUGGUUGCAAACAGAAGCAGCUAUGAUGAAGAUUGCAGCAUUGAUAUUUAUGAAGAUUUGGUGUCAAAUAAUUCUUUUGAGUUAAAAGAUAAUGGAGAGGAAAUGACAAACACCUCAAACCCUGCAGGAUUUAACAAUAUAAUUUCUAACUUGAAAGCAGAUUUUGAGGAUACUUAUAAUUCAUGUAAUAUUGAAACUCAUAUAAUAUCUUUAAAUAAAAAAGAAAGUGAGCCUACUGAAAAUCUGUGUAAUUCUCAGGAACCUUUGGAUGAAGGCAUCAGUAAUAGAUUCUUAAGCACCACAGUACAUCAAAGUGCAUCACAAUCUACUAUCAUCAAGGAAGAAAAUUUAGGUUUGCAGAAAGCACAUCAUAGUGAAAGUUUUUCAGAAAACUUGUGUAAUCCAGUUCUUAGCUCUGAAACUCUCUCUAUGUCUGAUAAUGUUAGACUCACCAUAGCUGUGAAACCAGAAAUCACUGGAGUUGAUUAUAAAAGGUCUGAAAGAAAGAAGUGUGAGAAUUUAGCCGACAAUGAAGAAAGCUUAACGGGUGGAUUGGACCUAUACUGUGAUCUUUUUGCUGGUGAAUUGGUAGAAAAACAAAUAGCAGAAAGAAAGUUAUCUGAACAAUAUGAUCAACUCCUUAAAGAAAACAAGAAGCUAUCAGAUGAAGUUGAUCUUUUGAAAACUGAGAAGCAGAACUUGCAAAGGCAGAACCUGAUCCUUAAGAAAAACAUCUCAUCUCUUUUCAAAACAGCUAAAGAAGAAAUAACUCGAAAGAACAGUGAAAUUCAUGAACUGAGAGAAAAAUUAGAUUGCAUGAUAUUCAGAAGAUUUAAAAAGAUUCAAAAUCAAACUGAUCAAGGAACUGUUAGACCAGUGCCAGAGGUCAAGAACAAAGGAUCUCCCCUUCAAGACCGAGGCAAAUCUGAUUUGGUGAUUGGACUUAAUUGCAAUAGUCAGGUUCAUAUGGAAAUAAAAGAUUCAAGAAAUUGUGAUAUAAAAAAUGGUAGAAUUACCGUUAAUCAUGUUGAGAAAUUUAGGCAUGUCCCCAAGAAGGCAAAUCAAGAUGUAGUUGAGUUUAAAAACCUCCACUCUGAAAAAAAAUCUAAGACUUCAGUUUCUUCAUAUAAUUACUUUAAAGAAAAGAAUGAUGAAUCUAGGUUUUCAAGUAUGGAUAAGGAAGAAAAUCUCAGUGGUAAAAAAGCUUUUAUUAAAGAUACAUGUGAGGGAAGACUCUUACAAGAUUUGGACACUUUAACAAAAUAUAACAGAUGUGAAAGUAACUAUGAAUUAAGUAAAACAAGUAAGAUGGACCGAAAGCUGGCACAUGUGACAAGAAUCCAUAAGGAGGAGCUCGAAAAUAAUAAUGAAAGAAAUAAAACUAUAGAAGACUCCCAUACUUCUACAAAACACAAUAAAACGGAAAGAGAGAAAGUGUACAAUGGAGCAAGAUCAAUUUCACGGAGCAGAAAAGAAAAUACCCAGAAGUCCACAGUCAAUAAUGAAUGCAAAAAUGAAAUCCAUGGUGAACAGAAAAACAAUUCAAGUAGACAUUAUAGUGACAAAAUUCUUCAUAGAUACUUGCAUAGGAAAGACCACAGAACAACAUCUCAAACUUCACCUUCUAAAUAUAAAUCAAGCAGAGAUACACAUCAUCUGUCUUCUCAGUCGUCGUUGACCAGAUCAAAACCAUGCAAAAGGAAAGCAGCUGAAAUGUCUCAUUCAAGUAUUGAAAGUAAGAAAUAUAGAGAUAAUUCAGGUAGACAUAGGAUUGCGUAUAAAAAGUAGUGAAAAUAAUAUUUAAAAAUAAAGGAUAUCUUGAUUUAGGUGGAAAAAAGAAAUUAUUACAUACACUAUACUGCAGUUUUGAUUCAUUAGUGAAACAUUAUCAAACAUAUAUUAAUGUUUAAGACAAAAUGCUUAAACAUAACUUGUAAAGCCCUAGUGAAGAAGAAAAAUUAAGUAAAAAAACUCUUUUCUAAAAAAAAUGCAUAGUAAGAUGCUAGAAUAGCUGUUAACUUUAAGAUUAUUCAUUUUUGUUAUUAUACCUUCUUCUUCUUUCGUUAUCAUAUGGUUCAUGGCACAGUAUAUUUUAUUUAUGGAAGAAGUGUGCAGCAUUUGUGAAGUGCUCUUAAAAUUAUGAGCAAGAGAUAUCUAUUUUUUUAGCAUAAUGUCUGAUGAUCUUACCAUUUCUUUGUUGUAGAUGGUGAGAAAAUUAGUACAUUUGAUUUUUUAGACCAUCCCUCUGAUAUGCUUUUCAUUGUACCUCUUUCUGAGGAUUUAAACACUGGUUUCAUACAUUUGAAUUGUAUGAAACCAGCAUUUAAAAUUAAAAAUAUAAUCAGUUUCUUCAUUAAUAGAAUUUCCUGGAUUACAAUUUUAUUUUUAAUACUAAAUUAAGGAAAUAUUUUAAGGUAAAGAUUGUUUUAGAAAAGUAAUGGACAAAAUUUCAUUUGAUAUAGUUAGGUGAAUUAAUUUUCUAUGAAUAUUGGUGAGAAACCCAUAUUUUGACUUAGUGAUGUUAGCAUCAAGGAAAUUCAGAGUAAAAGUAAGUUCAGGUUCUGUGAUAAACUGACCUGCAAGGUGAAUGUUAUUGAUAUGAAUUAAGAAAUAUUCUGGUCUAUCCUAUUUUUGAAACUCUAAAGGCAUUAUUGACACACCUAAGCCAAAAUGAUGGAAGGUGUAAGGCAGAGUUUAAGAACAUAGAACAGGCCAGAGAAAUUAAGACUCGAAACUGAGGGCUUCUUCUGUUAAUGUUACUCUUCAUCAAUUAUGAAACAAUUAUAAAGAGUUAAUUCAAACAGCAUCUUUACAUUAGGACAAGAAAUGGUAUAGUUAGAGUCUUAACUACAACAUUCUGUAGCUACAUUUAGUUCUUGAAAUCUACGUUAACAUGUACACUACCUCAUACCACACAUAAAAAAAAGUUUAAUUGUUCAAGGAAAUGAUAAGUAACACUUAGAUUAUGAGUACUGUUAUUAAAAUAUGGUUGUAUUAAUGACAGAGUUACCUUUUUCAGCUUUCGAAAUCAUUAUUUCUUCAUUAACUUUAAUACACUUUGUACUUGUCUUUCGUAGGAUUUUAUGAUAACCCAUAAUGGAAGAAAAUUAUUCUUGACAAGGGUCAGUUUCUUACUGUAGGUAUUUUAGAAAGAUUACUUGGGUUUCUUGUAUGUCAGAGAAUAAGGCUGCUUUGUGGUAAUUCAUUUUUGUAAUUAAGUUACUUUAAACUUAAAGUAUUGUUUCCUAUUUCAUAUGAUGAUGACUUUCUUUUCAAAGAGUAACACCCUUCCCUUCCCUAGCUUUAACUGGUAAUUUAGUAUAGACAUAUUUUUAUGUGAGUAAACUUUUUACCAUUCUUCUAGACCUUUGGUUUGAAUGACACUUAUUAAUCCACAACCAGAAAGAUUAAAAAAAUAUUGGUCAUCGGUGUAAGGGUUUUGGUCUUCGUUAGCAAGUGUUUCUUGGUUUUUUCAUGUGUUUUAUUUCAGUAGAAAAACUUUUAAGUUUAAAGAACUCUUAUUGAAUGUUGUCAUAUAAAAUAGUCAAAAUAUUACAAUCUGCAGCUUGUCUAGAUUGCUUCGGUGUUUUUUUAAUUAUUUAAUUACAUAUUAAUUUUUCUAAGGUUGAUCAGAUCUUUAUACUGAAAGCAGGUCACUUAUUUUGGAUGUUAUUUGUUACUUAUGAAAACUGGAGUUCGCUUUUAUUUGUAGAGUUUAAUUUCUUCACAUUCACAUAUUUUGAGAAAUGUCAAAGUUAGGGUUAUUUUAUUGGGAAUUUUGAGCUUUUUGAAAGAAUACUUUAGUCACGUAAUUUCAUGUGGAAAAAGAUGUUGACUAAUAUUGUAUUGAUAAAUCUAUAAAGUUUACACAAUAGAUAGAAGGCACUUAGAAAAUUGACUUCCUUCAAUUUUUACUAUUACAAAAUGUGUUUAUAUUUAUGAAAAGAUCCUAUCUUUUUGACUCAAACAGAAGUAGAGAAUUACAGUAUUUCUCCUUAUAAAAGAUAUAUAUAAAUGUGCUAGAGUAUUUCUUAAUUGAGGAUCAUACUUUUUGGUCAUCAAAGCUUCUCUAAUGUUUCUUUUGUUAAUAUUUGGUUAUUACAUACUAUAUCUAAGUACUUGUCCUGUGUUCAUGAACAUGAGAAAGAGGUUUCAGAUGUUUUCUGAGCCUAAUGUCUAAUGGUCUUGGUGUUACACAAAUGUAGGUAGCUGGGCAGUCAGUACAUUUGAGUUUAUAGAUCAUCCAAUUAUAGUAUACUUGUUGUUGUACACCUUCCUUAAAAAAUAAUUUAUGUACCAGUUUCAUAACAAACCUAAUGUAUAGAUUAUGUUUUUUGCAUAAUCUUUUAAAGUUGCUAACAACAGAAACUUAGAUGUCAAUUGAUGUUAGUUUCUUUUUUUUAAUUGUUUUGAGAAAUUAGUUUAAAAUUAGUCAUUCACUGACAUGAAAUUAAUUUCAAAUAGGUAAAUAAAAAAACUAAUAAAUGCAGGAUAAUGGGUAAGCAGAAAAAGAUUCCUUCAAGGUUUCUAAAUCAUACAAAAUAUAUUUUUAUUGAAGAAAACUGUAACACUAACAUUCAAGUGGUGUUCUGGAGUUGAAUAACAAUGAAUAUUACAGCCUCUACUCAUCAUAAGAAAACUAUCACCAGUACUAAAACUUAGAAGGAAAUCUGUUAACUAAAGAGGAAGACAUAAUACAGUGUAUAUACUUUUUUAAAUAAAUUGUUUUACUCCAGAAACUGUAUUGAAAACCUAAAAUUUAAUGGUAUUUUUAUGCAUUCAGCUUGGACUUUUGAACGUAUUUAUGGGGAAGUUUUAUGUUAUAUUUCAAGUGAUUUGACAUAAUAUUUCUUGUGAUAUGGAAGUAUACACAGGAAAAUAAAGUUUUACAUAUAUAUAGUUGUUUCAAAAGUCAUCUAUGUUACUUCUUUCAUGUGAAACUAAAAGUGUUGUGUUAGUGCAAAUCUACACAAUGGGCAACGUGCACCUUGUCCAAUGCAGGGAAUUAAACCCCAUAUUUAAGCAUUGUAAGUCUAUAUAGUUACAUCCUCUGUUGGCUCAGCAAUAUGCUUUAUGGCUUAAAAUUCAGAUUUUGGAUUUGACAUGGUAUACACAGUGCUGACAAGUCAUUGGACAGCCUUGCACUAAAAAGAAAAGGAAUCUUUUAAAUGUAGUGAAUUAAAGAGUUGCUUGUAACAUCAUAGUUACUUACUUUUAAAAUUAAAAAACAAUGGAAAAAUUUCUACAAUUACAGUAAAUAAAAACUUGAAAAGAUUUAAUGCUUUAAUUAAUUUUUUACAACAGUGAUUAAAAUUUAUAUAAAUUAUUCAAGUUGAUUUUCUACCAUAUGACAAAAAUUUGAUUAUGAUUGCUUUUGAAUGAUGUACAGUAAUAUAAAUAAGAUAAUUUCAGUUAAAUACUGUUGUUCAGAAUCAUCGUUUUUUCAUUAUUUUGUUGAACUGCUCUUAAAAUUGUAGUAUAUAUUAUUCAGUGAACAAUUAUUUAAGAAAAAAUGUACUGAGAAGAAAGAUGUGAAAAUUUCUUUUACACUUGUUUUCAAAUUAAAUACAAUGUGUGUGUGAAUGGAAGAGCUAAUACAUGUUCGGGAAUGUAAAAAUUACUGAAUAAAGUAGGUAUUUUAUUUACAUGUGGAAAUCAUGCAUCAAGUGACAUAUCCUGCAAAACUUUUUAGAAUACAACUUUUACAUUGAAGAUGACACUGAGUUGACUUCUGUUUUAAAUAUAGAACAUGAAUAGAUCACUGGAUGGUAUUUGUAUGAUUAUCAUUUGUCUUGAAAUCAUAAUAUAAUUAGAAAAGUCUUGAAAAAUUAUAAAUGUGUGUAAAAUAAAGAUUGGAGUGUGCAUCAUAUUAGUAAUAUGUGGUAGUAAAGUGACAUAUUUCAAAAAUAUGUUUGAAAAAUGCAUAAGUAUGUUUAGCUUAUUUUUUUAAGCACAGAACAUGAUAGGUGUUAACUGAAGGUUUUAUAAUUUCUGAUGUAAUUGAAUGAUUGUAUAAUUAAUGAAACUAGAUGUUACAGCAAAAUUUACUUUUACAACGUGUUAUGUGAUUUCUUAAUGUUGUCGGUUUUAGUCAAAUAGUUAACUUUUAAAACCAGUUUUGUUAAGUAGAAUCAGUACAUUAAAAUGAGCUGAACACUCAUUUCACUGUGACUUAACUUUUAGUAGGAUAUGAAUAUUGCUAAUUAGAUUCUUCUUAAUAAUUAGCUUAAUAAGUACAAGAAUAUAAUCUUGUACAUGAGAAAAGUAUUGUUUCAAUGUCAGUUAUAUCCCAUAUUAUCUAUUGUAUAUAGAGAUAACCAUACAUAUUUUCUUUUAAGAUAUCAUCAAAAACAGUGAAUGCAAAGUCUUUUAAUCACUUUAAGAAUUAAAUACUAUGUGAAAAAAAUACAGGUGGAUUUAGCCAAUUGUAAUGUUAUUUAGUUCUUUAAUAUGUGAAGAGUAUUAAUAAUAGUUAUUUUUAACAGAUGUUGUAUAGUUUUUGAAUUAGAUUAAGUCUCCAGAUGUGUGUAACUGUGUUUAGGAACUAUUAGAUUGAGUUGUGAAGCUUUUUUUUUUGUUGUUGUUGCUGUUGUUUAAUUUGAAACUUAAAAUUCAAUUUUGCAACCAGAUUGUACAAGAAGCAGACAUCCAAUAAACAAUCAGUUUUUUAA